UUUCAACCUUAUAAGUUUAACAUAUUAAACGUAUUAAACUCUCUUAAUACUAUUCAUAUAAAUAAAUAUGAGAAGUAUCAAACGAUGUUCGGCUUUGGUGGUGCUUUUACCGAUGCUUUUGGUUUUAAUCUGCAAAGUGUUGAACCAACCCUACAGGAAAAGGUGCUCAGCUCUUACUUCUCAAAAUUUGGUAUAGAGUACAACGUUGGAAGAGUGCCCAUAGGUGGAACUGAUUUUUCAACCAAAGGCUACAGUUAUGACGACUCCGAUACACCAGAUCCUUCACUAAGUUUAUUUAAACUUGCUGAUGAAGACUAUCGUUAUAAAAAAAGAUGGGUAGGAGAUCACUUGGGACCGACUAUUCGUCAAUCUGAGUAUAAAGAUCUAAAAAUAAUGGUACUGGACGAUCAACGAGUGUUUUUGCCAUGGUUUGUGGAUGCGGUUUUUAGCAACGAAACUAUUAAAAAUUAUAUUGAUAUUGUUGCCGUACACUGGUACUGGGAUGACGUGAUCUUACCUUUGGUAUUGGACCUGGUGCAUAACAAAUAUCCCGAAAAGCUGUUAAUGGGUACUGAGGCUUGCGUAGGUGAUCGUGUUUGGGAAAAAAGUGUAGAACUGGGUUCAUGGCAAAGAGGAGAACGAUAUGCGUUCAGCGUUAUACAGGAUAUUCAGCACCACUUCAUAGGCUGGACUGACUGGAAUAUGGCUUUAGACACCAAAGGAGGACCAACAUAUAUAAAUAAUAACGUCGAUUCUCCGAUAAUAAUAAAUUCAGCGGCAGGCGAAUUUUACAAACAACCGAUGUAUUACUCAUUGGGUCAUUUCUCGAAAUUUGUCCCUAGAGGAUCUGUUAGAAUAGGAAUAACUCAAAAACUAUUUAUUUCUUCUACAGCAUUUCUAAGACCCGACCAAGGCGUUGUUGUUGUUCUCCAAAACAGGGGUGAUUUUGGCCACAACAUCGAAUUAGUAGACAGCGAAAGAGGAAAAAUUAGUUUGACUUUGGGUCCACACUCACUGACUACAGUUGUGUAUUAUUAAUAUAUAAAUAUAUCAACAAGCUGAGAUGUAUCCUAC